AUGGCGCGCAUAAUGCAGACAGCCAGAAAGAAUACCGCUAAGUCUGCUCCUGGCAAUCUUGAAACCCGUUCUCUGCACAGAACAGGCUUUAAGAGCAAGCAGGAAGCUGCGGCGACCAAACUACCCCUCAAGCUGAACAACAUCCUUCAACUUGCCCGCCCAAGAUGGCCUGCGAAUGAUGAGGUGACACCUGAGAUAUCUCUGAGAAAGAUCAGACAACUGGAGAGUGGAAACGUCGACGAAAAACUAAUGGCUUGUUUUGCAAGACAUAUCAUCAAACCAGGCCAACACAACCGCGCGCGCUGCUGGGUAUCAAGGCGUUCUUUGAGAAAGGCUUUCCCAGAACAUUUCGGCCAGGCUGGAUUCCUUGCUGAGUCCACUUGGCAGCACAAAGCAGCUAGCGACUUUGGUUUGCCAGACAUUUUCUUCCGAUGCGUCGAUGAUCGGAGAGCCCUCUUAGGUCCUCACAAGUCUGUCGAGCAUAUGAUCGCAGAUAUCGGUUAUGCACCUGAUCUGAAGGCGCUAAGUCACAAUGAGUACCAAUGGCUGCAACAGCGUGAUUCAAAUGACGAGCAAGACUCAUCAACGAACCUCGAGCAAUCGAGUACCCCCGUGAGGCUCGACGUACACAAUGAAAUCAGUCUGGACGCGAAAAACGUAGGGGAGAACAUCACGCAACUACCCGAACAUCUUCAACCUAUGCCUUCUGUAGGGUCACAUCCAAGGAGAAACACAAAAGCGCCUGCCAUUUCAAAGAUCACGCCAAGUCGCGACCUAACUCUCCCUAUCAAAGCAGAGCCCAUGGAAAGCUUGCGUCAUGAGCAUGGGACAUCUUCACAUCAGCCGAAGCUUAGCACGCCUCGCACUACAGGUACACAGGGUGAUAACACCCACACGACCACGCAGCACAACACUCAAGGUCAACAAGAGCAAGUAGGCACCAUUACCGAGCCGGCACAGCUGCCCGGACCGUCUGGUGCAAACAACAUGACAGCCGUCAAAACCAUCCUCAUUCCCAGAUUAUGCGAUAUUCUUCAAGACUUUCCUACGGCUCCGAAUGACGAGUUAUUUCUACCCUUGCUGCAUCAAAGCCACGGUCGCAAAUCUGCCAGAUAUCAUAGAGGAGAAGUUCCUCGAUCUGUCUACUCACGUGGUCAUUCAUUGCAUCAGCAGUUCGGCUACUGA